AUGAAGGGCGAGAUUCUUCACCUCCACCUGGGCCAGGCUGGUACCCAGCUCGGUAACUCUGCUUGGGAGCUCUACCUUCUCGAGCACGGUCUCGGCCCCGAUGGUCGCCCCGACCCCAAUGCUCCCGAUAUUGGUGACCCUGGCUCUUUCGAGACUUUCUUCACUGAGACCAGCAGCGGCAAGCAUGUUCCUCGAUCUCUUUUCGUCGAUCUUGACCCCUCUCCUAUUGACGAGAUCCGAACUGGCGAAUACCGUAACCUUUUCCACCCCGAGUUGUUGAUCAGCGGCAAGGAGGAUGCCGCCAACAACUAUGCUCGUGGUCACUACACCAUUGGCAAGGAGAUGGUUGACAAUGUCAUUGACCGCAUUCGCCGCGUCGCCGACAACUGCCAGUCUCUUCAGGGUUUCCUGAUCUUCCACUCCUUCGGUGGUGGUACCGGUUCUGGUUUCGGUGCUCUUCUCCUCGAGCGUCUCUCAACCGAGUACGGCAAGAAGUCCAAGCUCGAGUUCGCCGUCUACCCUGCUCCCCGAACCUCGACUGCCGUCGUUGAGCCUUACAAUGCUGUUCUCUCUACUCACAGCACUAUUGAGAACUCUGACUGUACUUUCCUCGUCGAUAACGAGGCUGUUUACGACAUCUGCCGUCGCAACCUCGAUAUUCCUCGACCCUCGUACGAGCACCUAAACCGCCUCAUUGCCCAGGUUGUCAGCUCCAUCACAUCCUCUCUCCGAUUUGACGGUGCCCUCAACGUCGAUCUCAACGAGUUCCAGACCAACUUGGUUCCCUACCCUCGAAUUCACUACCCUCUCAUCAGCUACGCCCCUGUCAUCUCCUCUGCCAAGAGUGAGCACGAGAGCUUCAAGGUACAGGAGCUUACCUUCCAGUGCUUCGAGCCCAACAACCAGAUGGUUGUCUGCGAUCCCCGAAACGGCAAGUACAUGGCUGUCGCUCUUCUGUACCGCGGUGAUGUCGUUCCCCGCGACUGUAACGCCGCCAUCGCCGCCCUCAAGGCCAAGGCCUCCUUCAACUUGGUCGAGUGGUGCCCCACUGGUUUCAAGCUCGGCAUCAACUACCAGAAGCCCAUGGCUGUCCCCGCCGCUCCUGAGGCUGGAGGUCUUGCCCCCGUCAAGCGAUCCGUCUCUAUGCUUUCCAACACCACCGCCAUCGCUGAGGCUUGGUCCCGGCUCGACUACAAGUUCGACCUCAUGCACAGCAAGCGUGCUUUCGUCCACUGGUAUGUUGGUGAGGGUAUGGAGGAAGGCGAGUUCACCGAGGCCCGAGAGGAUCUUGCUGCUCUGGAGAAGGAUUACGAGGAGGUCGCUGCCGACUCCUUCGAGCCUGAGGAGGAGCUCGAGUACUAG